AUGCUUCUCUUUUUGGUGGCCGGCUUUGACACGACCUCCACUAUUCUUGCUUGGUUUAUUCAUUUCAUGAGCAAACAUUCUCGAAUGCAACAUAAAAUCAAGGCAGAACUGAUCGGUGAAAGUAGCAAACAAGAAUUGUCACUAGAUCGACUCGACUCAUUAGUCUAUUUGGAUUGCGUUAUCAAAGAAGUAUUACGCUGUGCGCCCAACAGUGGAACAUUUCGUACAUUGACCGUUGACGAUCGUUUACCGGAGACUGGUGCCCAACUCUUCAAAGGCGAUCAAAUAUGGAUUCCGCUUCAUAACCUAGCGCAAGACACUCGACAUUGGAAAACUGACCCGAAACUGUUCUAUCCCGAGAGAUUUCUCGGUGAGGAUAAGAACUAUAAUCCAUAUGCACUCAUCCCAUUCGGCAGUGGUCAUCGUCAAUGUAUUGGAGAAGAUUUGGCUCUUUUUGAGCUCAAGGUAAUCACAGCGAGACUGAUGCAAAAUGUCACAUUCGGCGAUGGUGGUCCUCAAGUUAAUGCAGGUGGAUAUUUGCCAAGGCUCACUGUCAUGCCUCGACAUGUCGGUGUCACCAUUAAGUUCGAUCAAUGA